AUGGCUCCUGCUCCCGUUGAGCAGGACCCCGCGCCUAUCGUGACCGACGGCAAUCCGUCUUCUCCCAGCUACUCUGACCACAACGGAGGCGAACGCCCCGUUCGACAGCAACUCCAAGACACAAACCUCGACGCCUCAAUCAAUAUGAAGGCUAACAACAAGCGCUCGCAUGGCGAGUCUGACAAUGAUGCAGCUUCCGAGGCUGACGCCCCCCCCAAGAAGCGAUCCAGAGAGUCGACCCCCGUAACAUCCUCGCGAUCCCGUGAUUCCUACUCACUUAAGAAGCGCUCGCAUGACGAGUCUGACAAUGACACAACCUCCGAAGCCGAUGCCCCCCCCAAAAAGCGAUCCCGUGAAUGCACCCCCGUGAAAUCCUCAGGAGCUCAGCCUUCCACCUCAAACACUUCGUCCGGAGCUGAACAGCCCGAGACCGAGACCGCAACCGCCGGUUCUAUUCUGCCUCCAACUACCAUUUCCCCUGGAUCCCCCCGUUACACCACCCCUGGUUCAAACGACCCGGAUUCUCCUGAUAUUCUGCGACCUCUGUCCUCGCUCUCCCCUCUUCCUGACUACGAAGAUUCCCCAAGUCCCGCACAGCUCGCGCCCCCCGUCUCUGUCCCUCUUCUUGAGGACACCGAUCUGGAGCGGGCUGAGCUAGAGACAACUUCCGACGAGUCUGUGAAUAUUGAGCCUGAGAGUGACAACGGCUAUUCCACAUUUAUCGCGCAACCUGAGUCCGCCAUCUUUGCCCCUCUCCCUGAGGAGACCGUUAGGGAGAGCAUCGAGCUAGAGACAACUCCCGACGAUUCUGUGAUCGUCAAGCUUGAGGGCGACGCCGACGUUACUCCAAACCUUGCGCAGUUCCAGCCAACUACCAUUUUUCCUGGAUCCCCCCGUUACACCACGCCUGGUUCAAACGACCUGGAUUCUCCUUCUCUUCCGCGACCUCUGUCCUCGCUCUCUCCUCUUCCUGACUACGAAGAUUCAUCAAGUCCCGCACAACUCGGCCCCCCCGCCUCUGUCCCUCUUCCUGAGGACACCGACCUGGAGCGGGCUGAGCUAGAGACAACCCCCGAUGAUUCUGUGAUCGUCAAGAUUGAGGGCGAUAUCGACUGUGAUCCAAAUCUCGCGCAAUUCGAGUCCCCCGCCUGUGUCCCUUGUCCUGGGGACACCGAUCUGGAGCGGGCUGAGCUAGAGACAACCUCCGACGAUAAUGUGAUCGUCAAGAUUGAGGGUGAUGUCCACUAUUAUCCAAACAUCGCGCAACUCGAGUCCCCCGUCGGUGCCCCUCUUCCCGAGGCGACCGUUCUGGAGAGGAACGAGCUAGAAGCAACUCCGGAUGAUAAUGUGAUCGUCAAGCUUGAAGGCGACGCCGACCUUACUCCAACCCUCGCACAAAUCAAGUCCCACAACCAUGAUCCGCGUCCCACGGAGACCAUUGUCGAGAGUAUUGAGAAAGACCCCAAGCACUUCAGAGACUGGUCCUCGCAUAACAAUCCAUACAAAGUCUCCAACAAGGCCCCUGUCCCUAGGGCUCCGGAGAAGACCGAGCCCGAGACAAUUUUCGAUGAAGCUGGACCCUGCAAAAUCGAGGAUGACACCAAUAUCUGUCCUGACCCUGUCAGCAUGAUCAAUCUCCACAAUCACAACGUGGAGCAAGGACAAGUGGAUGGCCCCGACAAGGAUGUUCUUACUAAAGUUUGGGUCGAAGAAUGUCAACCUACAAUCAAUGUCAGCAUCAGCACCCCGUCUGAAACCUUGAAUAUUCCUGAGACACCCAAUGACCGCUGGGAUCUCGUAUCUGGCGCCCCAGUCUACCACAAGACAGUACACUGCGAGGCUACUAUCACAGUAUCGAUUGAAGGACACGCACAAAUCCCAGUGAAAGUACCAUUUGACAUCAACUUGUCGUUCGAAAAGCCCGAAUGUCCCGGAUUGUCUGACCAAUCCAAUGGCUCAGAGUCGUCGACUUCUCCGUCCAUUCUUCGCGGGCGCCUUGUGUCGACCCCGGAUUCUCGUAUCCACGCAAGAUAUGGUCAUCGCGCGAGAUAUUCUGCUGCCCCUGCAUCUCACAUCUCGAUGCCUGACGAGGAUACCAUGAAGGACGAUAUCCCAUCCCACAUUUCCACAUCUGACGAGGAUGCAAUGGAUACGUCAUGCUUCGUUUCCAUCGCUGAUGAGAAUACCAUGAAGGACGAUAUCGCAUCCCACAUUUCCACCUCUGACGAGGAUGCAAUGGAUACCUCAUGCCACAUUCCCACAUCUGCUAUCGAGGAUGCAAUGAAUAUUUCAUCCCUCACUCCCGUCUCAGACGAAAUACCUUCGCAUGGACAUAUUUUGCCCAGUUCCCAUCUACCCAGAAUCCCGGAGCCCACCACUUACACUGAUCAUUUCGGUUUUGGACCCAUUAAUAACCCAAUCUUCACCCAGGAAACCGAAAACCUCACUGCUCCCACGGAAUCCAUCGAGACUAAGACAGUCCCACCGGACGCAAACAAUCUGGACGAACGCAAGCCCAAGAUGAAUCAGACCUUCUCUUCGAGUGCUUUCGGCAAUACCUCUACCGAUUCGCCUUUCACCUCGGCAUUCAAAUCCUCGACCACCUCCACCUCUGUAUUCGGGUCCUCGAUGACAUCAGCCUCCGCUGCUUCACCCUUUACAACCUCAUCCGCAACUGCAAAGCAAUCGGCCAUCCCCCCCAACGCUUCCCAUAGCAUGAAGCCGGCCUCCACUUCUGCAUUUGCAUCAUCUUCUUUGUCUGCUUUCGCCGGCUCCGACGACUCUCCGUUCGGAAACCUCACUGCGGGUACCUCCGUAUUUGGAAACCCAACCACCUCGACCGGCUUCUCUGCAUUCACCAGCGCCUUUCCGGCUACCGCGAGACCCAGUGCACUGACAAGUUUCGCCUCCCCCAACGUCACCUCUUCCUUCGGCACCAAGGGCAUGUCACAGCCACUUGGUGCCGCGCAGUCCGACAAUGAGGACAGCGAAAACGAGCAGGACAACGAGGGAAAUGGAAAUGACGCCUUCGAGGCCGAGAAGACCGACGAGCGGUUCGUCGAGCAGCCUGUUGAAACCGGCGAGGAGGACGAGGAGACCGUGUUUGCCAACAAGGGCAAACUCUACUGCUUCGAGAACAAGCAGUGGAAGGAGCGUGGCGUCGGGACCUUUAAGGUCAAUGUCAAGUCUGGUCCGGACGGAAAGCGGACCGCGCGCAUGAUUAUGCGUGCAGAUGGCGCCCUGCGCGUCAUGUUGAACAGUGCUGUCUUCAAGGGCAUGCACUUCGGUGACCAGCAGGGUGGGGCCCCUGCUGGUCGCCGCAUCUUCCUGGCUAGCCAGGAAGAUGGGAAGGUAGCCAAUGUGCUCCUUCAAGUGAGUCUUCCCCUUCUUACUUUUUGA